UUGUUUCUUACUUCAAUUAUUAGUAUUAUAUUGUUUUUCUUAGGAUUUAUUAUUUUCUCCGGCUGGAAUUCAUACUUUCAUAUGUGAUAAAAAUGGAUUGUCUGUAGUUUUAACUCCAGAUUCUCAAAACAUGGCAGAAAUGAUGGACCUUCAAUUAAAAUUCUGUGAAUUAAAUAAUACAGAACAAUCAAUAUUUGCAAAAGAAUUAAAAAAUCAAAUUAAUUCUACAAAAUUAACAGAGAUGCUUCAUAUUGAAGAUUGGAACAUUAGUCUAGCUCAAGAAAGAGUGUGGAAGUUAGCUGAUGAUUUAAGAAAAUUUAAUGAAUUUGAAACAACGCUCAAAGAAUUAAGUGAAUUAGCCUCAGCACUUCCUCAAGAUGCCUGUAAUAGCUGGAACGAUACUAAUGUUGCUGCUAAUGAGACAAAAGAAAAUAACGAAAACGAAAAUGAACCAAAAAUUGUAAAAAAACAUGAGCCACAGUAUGGGCUUUUGCGUAUUUGGUUGGGAAUGCAGAAAACAAUAUGUGGCAAGGAAAAUGAAAUACCUCCAACUUUACCAGUUGAUGGAAGUAAUAUUAAUCUAGAUGAAUUAGGAAUGUCUGCAUAUCAGCAAGAACAAGUCGGUGUUUUAGUUCAUGUCCUUUAUAGUAAUCCUAAAGUACUCUACAGUCCAAAUAAUACAGCUGCAGAUAAAAUAAUAGAAAAAGCCAAUGAAACUUUUGAGUUAUUGGAUAUGGUAACACAGUAUGCAAGAAAAAUGUUAAAUAUAUCAGAGGAAAUAAAAGCUUUUUUAGCACAAAAUAGUACCGAACAUUCAUUGUCAGUUUUACAAAAGAUUAGAAAGAAUUUGAGGAAACAUCCAUUAUUACUAAAGGUUUUGAAUAGUAUUGCUUUACAGCAGUUUGCUGAAGGAUCUGUGAUUGUAGAUAAAGAUGUAUUUUUACAGCAAUUGGAUACAAUUGAUAAUGCAGCAUGUAGUUGGAUAUCAUUAAUGUCUGGUCUCAAUUUAAACAUGUUUCAAGGUUUUCAGAAUGAGGAUGAUCUCAUGUCUUAUGUUCAUAAGGAUGCAUUUUUUGAAAAUGUUACUGUAUUAGCUAGUAAGUUAUGCUUUUUUAUACCAGCAUGGCUAAAGAGUUUAGCAUCUCUGUUAUCAACAACUGCAUUUGGAUUAGGUGCUAAAUAUUUUGCAUUUUAUGAAGAAGUUGGUGUUGGAGUACAGUGGUCUAACAUUGACAUAUCUCCAGUAGAAGAUGAUGAAUUUAGUUUAUGGAAUGUAGCUAUUAUGAUGCUGAUGGAUACUUUCCUUUAUUCUCUGCUUGUAUGGUAUAUAGAAAAUGUCCAUCCUGGUUCAUAUGGUCUACCUAAACCGUGGUAUUUCCCAUUUACUAAAAGUUACUGGAUUGGCGCACCAAAAACUGAUGCCGAAUGUGGUUGCAUCAAUGAUUGUUGGCAUAAAUUAAUCAAAAAAAGUCAUUGGGGUCUUUCAGUAACAGAAGAGGAUCAAGCUUGCGCAAUGGCAAAUAGGACACAUGACAGUCGCUUUUUUGAACCUGAUCCAGAGCAUUUACCUCUUGGUGUUUGUAUUGACAAUUUGGUGAAAGUGUAUAAAACUGGAAAUAAACUGGCAGUUAAUAAGUUAAGUUUAAAUCUUUAUGAAGGACAAAUAACAUCAUUUCUUGGUCAUAAUGGAGCUGGAAAAACUACUACUAUGUCUAUACUUACUGGCUUGUUUCCUCCAACAUCUGGUUAUGCAACUAUUUAUGGCCAUGACAUAAGAACUGAAAUGGAAAUUAUUCGACAAAGCAUGGGAAUGUGCCCUCAACAUAAUGUUUUAUUUGAUGAGUUGACUGUAGAAGAACAUUUAUGGUUUUAUUCAAAGCUUAAAGGCACUCCUGAUGAGUUCUUAAAAGACGAAAUGGAUAAAAUGAUUGAAGAUUUAAAUCUGCCAUUAAAAAGAAAAAGCAAAGUUGAUUAUUUAUCUGGAGGCAUGAAGCGAAAACUUUCUGUGGCUAUUGCAUUUGUUGGUGGGUCACAAGUAGUAAUAUUAGAUGAACCGACUGCUGGAGUAGAUCCCUAUUCACGUAGAGCUAUUUGGGACCUAAUUUUAAAAUAUAAACAUGAAAGGACUAUACUCUUAUCAACACAUCAUAUGGAUGAGGCAGAUAUAUUAGGAGAUCGAAUUGCUAUCAUAUCAAAUGGCCAGUUACAAUGUUGUGGCACUUCUCUCUUCCUAAAAAAUAAUCUUGGAGAAGGAUAUCAUUUGUACAUAGUCAAAAAACCUUUAUCUUCACCACCUGUUGAAACAGAAGUUUGUGACGAAAAAUCUGUAACAAAUUUCAUUACUCAACAUGUUACAAGUGCCUAUCUAGUAGCCGAAACUAAACAUGAACUUCAUUAUGUGCUUCCUAUGAGUGAAUUAAGAAAAGGAAGCUUUGAAAAAUUGUUUACAGCAUUAGAAAGUAGUUUAACUCAAUUAAGAAUAUCAAGUUAUGGCAUUAAAACAACAACAUUGGAAGAAGUAUUUUUACAAGUUGCUGAAAAUGGUCAGAAGGAAAUAGAAUCUUCUCCAAAAUCAAGGCCAUUAAAGAACAUAAAAAAUGUAUCAAAUGGUUAUUAUUCACCAGAUAUAUACUUAGAUGACAAAGAUGUGUUUUUAGAAAGAGAUGACGAAGGUUCUGUUCCAUUACUGCAAGUUGGUGAUAAUUGUAAUCAAACAAAUGGAAUUUCAUUAAACUUUGAAGAAAAUGUAAAGAAGAAGCAAGCAGGUGAUGGAAAAGCAGAUUAUUUACAAUUGAAAAAUAGCCCAUUAAUAGAAAAUAGUAAGUUGUAAAAUUUUAAUUAAUAA